GACGGAACAAGGUGCCUUAUGGGUAUUUUCGAGGUAAACAUACACGUUCUUAGGUCAUUUAGAUGCGAGGUGCCGGUAAUAAUUUGAGAAUUACUUUAGUGGCCGCCGGAGGUAGUGAGACAAAGCAUCAGUUGCUCCAUGCCCACAAUCACUGAAAUCAGAAAAAGAUUGGGUAAAUGGGUGAACGCGGAGAUGGAUGUUAAGGCCUGAAAGCUCUAAAAUCAUGUCAUGGAGAAUUAAGCUUGAAGCAAAGAAGAAAAAAUGGCAGAAAUCAGCAUCAUCUCUACCACUUUGGUCGGACCGGUGAGUACAAAGGAGCCAACCACGAGAAUUGAGUUGACUCCAUGGGAGCUACAGUUUCUUCCCGUCGGUCCCAUCCAAAAGGGUCUUCUCUUUCUCAAGCCUACGCCCCCACCACAAGAGAGUAGUGUCAUAGAUCACUUGAAAACCUCCCUCUCUCGCACUCUAGAUCUGUUCUAUCCACUUGCCGGCCGCCUUGGCACCACCGUAAACGACGACAAUACCACUUACUUCUUCAUCAACUGCAAUGGCGCCGGAGCUCAGUUUGUCCAUGCAGCUGCCGAUAGUGUCACCGUGGCCGACAUACUUGAGUCUGUCUACGUUCCUCGAAUCGUCCACUCCUUUUUCCCACUCAAUGGGGUUCGCAACUCCGAAGGCGUUUCCCAGCCACUCCUGGGAGUGCAAGUGACUGAGCUUGUUGAUGGCAUCUUUAUUGGCUGUACUAUCAAUCACUCAAUUGCAGACGGCGCUUCCUUCUGGCAUUUCUUCAAUUCAUGGUCGGAAAUCUCUCGGGGUUCCAAUGAAAUAACCCUUUCUCCUGUUCUCGAUCGCUGGUUUCUUGACGAUGCCCAUUACCCCAUACCAAUUCCUCAGUUAAUGCUAGCCUUUACUAAUUUUCCCCCUUCACCACCAGUCCAAGAAAGGGUUUUUCAUUUCACAAAGGAAAAAAUUGCAGUCCUGAAAGCAAGAGCUAAUGCAGAAAUGGGCACCGACCAAAUUUCCUCUUUGCAAGCCCUGUUGGCCCUUCUCUGGCGAUCCGUAACUCGCAGUAGGCCUUUCCCAGAGGAUCAAGAGAGCUGGUAUGCAUUUAUAAUAGGUAUGAGACCAAGGAUGCGUCCACCAUUGCCCCAACAAUAUUUUGGGGCUGCAGCUCAGUCCGGAAUCGUAACGAUGAAAGCAGGUGAGCUACUGGAGCGCGGUCUGGGUCAUGCGGCUUGGCAGAUGAAUAAGAUGGUCGCUGCCAAUACUGCAUUAGAAGCCACCAAUUUCUUGGAAUCCUGGAUAAAAAACCCGAUGCCCUUUCCAGUUAUAAAUUUUAUAAUCAACAAUUCUUUGUGCAUGAGCGGUUCGCCACGAUUCAAUGUGUACGGUACUGAUUUUGGUUGGGGAAGACCAAUUGCGGUUAGAAGUGGAGGUGGGAACAAGCCUUAUGGGAAGACCACCCUUUUUCCGGGAGCAGACGAAGGAAGCAUUGAUAUUGAAGCUUGCCUGUUUCCUGAAACCUUUGAGGCUCUGAUGGAGGAUGCCGAGUUCAUGGAAGCUGUUACUGUUUGAUUUUAAAGUUCUUUGUUUACAACUAAUCUCAGGACGUGGCUUCAAAGGCUAGCUUUGAUUCUACAGUAAUGGAGUUUAUUUUGAUUGUUCCCAUCCAUUUACAUUUAAAUGAUUGUGCAACCCUAUGUUUAUAUUUAUAAUAAAACUGGUUGUUAGUUUUUAUCUA